AUGACCGAUGAAGAGCAAGAAUUUGCACCAUUUAAUAAAAUCCAAGGAGUCGCUUCGACUAAUGUAGUGGCAUAUUCUAAUGAAUAUGAUGAUUUCAUUUCUUUUGAAGGAUCCUAUGUUCAUGGAAUAUUUACUGGUUUCAAAUGGCAGUGUGUUGAGUUCGCUCGUCGAUGGCUAUUAUUAUGUAAAAGUUGUAUCUUUCAGAGUAUUAGGACUGCUGCUGAUAUGUGGCAUAAACUGUCAUUUGUAGAACGCGUUACAGAUGGUCAAAAGUUUCAUUUAAAAAAAUAUUCAAAUGGAUCACCAUAUAAACCAACAUGCGAUACUUUUCUUAUAUAUUCUGCUAGUAUCCAAGCUCCAUACGGACAUAUAGCAGUCAUAUGUGAAGUUCAGGAAAGUUUCAUUCGCGUAAUUGAGCAGAACUUUCGAUUCCAUAUUUGGUCAAAUAAUUAUUCUCGACAAGUUCCAUUGGUGUUUCGAGAUGGUCUUUAUUAUAUUGAAGAUUAUUUAAAUAUUUAUGGAUGGAUGGGAAUUGAAAACAAUGAUCAAUUAAGAUCAUUGAAUAAAUCAAAUGUAAAUUUGAUUCUUGAAAAAUAUCGACAACCGAAAGAAAUCAGCGGAUUAAAUCGCUGUAUUGCUCCUCAUAAAGUCUUCGAUGAUAUGUCUGUGUUGUACUCGAUGGAUAUUAAUAACCAAAACGAAAAAUGUUCUAUGAAGUUCAAUGGCAACGAUCGUUGUUAUUAUCAAGCCAAUGAUGAUUUUUUUAUUAAUAUCAGCUCGAUUUCAAAUGAAUUAUAUUCAUUAUUUAUACAAGUUACAGAUAAUAUUAUUCAUGAUGAUGAGAUUUUAAGAGAUCUUGAAAUACCAAAUCAAUUCUGGCUUCGAAUUCGUAAAUCCUGGAUAGAUGAACGUGAAUUUGAUGUAAUAGAUCAUAUGGAAUUCAAACUUGACGAAAAAAACUUGAAAUUGUGCAAAUAUAAAGUUAAUCCUGCAUUGAUGAUUUUUCAUUCUGCAGUUCUGCAAGAAAAAUCAAUUCAAACUAUGAACAUCGCUUAUGAUUUUACAUCGACUUUUCAAUUACAUCAUCUUCUAGUGAGAUAUUGGAAAAAACUAGAUAUAAAAAAUACUAUUCAUAUAUUAAUUGAUAGUGACGACGAGCUUAAGGAGAGUAUUAUUUAUAUGCAAACGGUAAUGAUAGAAGCUGGUAUUAAUGUAAAAAUAUGCCUAUUGUCGAAUGAACUUCAUUGGAAAAACUCCACAAUUGUAGAUAGUGACGGUGAAAUUGUGAAAAUUGUUUGGAAAUUAUGCAUUUGGGAAAAGAUCUUUCAAGAUUUUACAGGUCAAUAUGAUGCCAAUAAGAAAAAAGAUUGCUGGACACCAGCCCAUAAAGAACAUCCAUGUUUAAGUGAUAUUUUACUAAAUGAACAAAUUAGAAUCAUUGAACCUUUAUGGAAAUCAAUCACAAAUCAUACUGCAUUUUUAUCGAUUCUAUCUAGAAAGUUUCCAAAUCAUCCUAAUAUUGUGUCAAGUGAAUGGAUUCCAUCUAAAGAUUCAAAAUAUACUCCGUUAGUCAACUGGUCAACGGAAAAAAAGAAUAACGAUAUCAUUCAAUCGUAUAAUGCGACGAAGACUUUUGAUUAUCGGCAUAUGUGUGAGGAAAUAAUAUCGGAAAAAAAUUGUGAAAACUCAGAUAAAACUAUUGUCAGUUUGAUGAUUCAUGGUGUUUGUGCUGGUUUCGUUGAAAAAGAACUUAAUUCUCUUGCAACAGUAUGUUUGUCUUGUUUACAACAUAAAUUUGAAUCAUUCGAAGACCUUGGUAAACAAGACCAAAUGGCUAAGAAUGCUCUUGUAAAAUUGGCCAAUGAAACUAAGACAGACCGCUUGGAUGGCAUCAGUGUCGAUCUUUUUGGUUUGACAUUGACCGGAAAAUCAACUGUGCUUAAUGCUCUUCUUGGUCAAUCAGUAUCUACAGGUGUAGGCGAAACCACAACAGAAAUCAAAGCAUACAAAGGCACUAAUAAAUUAAAACUUAUUUGCCCUAUGUCACUUCGGCAUUAUUCCAAUCAUAGUUAA